CCCUGUGUGCGUGCGCGCACUCGUCAACCGGAAGUUGACGGCUAUACUGUUGCGUCGUCUUCCGGAAGUCAGUGCGAAAGUGAUUAGUAUGAUCAGGCAGUGUAGAGAGAAGCAGAAGUUUUGGGAUUUUUUUUUUUGCUGGAAACGCGACUACCUUUAGCACAGCUCUUCGUCAGAGCCUCAGCUUCUCCACGAUCGAUUCCGAAACUGCGUGCCGCCGCAAGAUCCGAAAACGGUAGAUGAAUUUCUGUCAGAUCAUCUCAGUUCUGUCCCAGGGCCAGUUAGGGUAGAGGGCUAGACCCGUCUCCUACCAACAAGAGAGUGCAGUAAGAUGCCGGGGGGGGUGGAGAAUGGAGACCUGGGGGCCAGUCUCCCAGCCAUCGCCUCUCUGAACGCCUCGUACUCCCAGAAUUCCUUGUCCCUGCCUCCAUACUACCUUGCCCCUGGGGAGCGCAAGCUCAUCUCUGACGUCCGCCGGACUUUCUGCCUCUUCGUCACCUUCGACCUCCUCUUCAUCUCCUUGCUGUGGAUCAUCGAGCUCAAUAUAAAGGACUCUAUCUGGGAGAACCUGGAAGAAGAGGUCAUCCGCUACAAAUUUGCAUCUUCUUUCUUCGACAUUUUUCUCCUGGCAGUGUUCCGGUUCGUGUUACUGCAGCUGGGCUACGCGGCUCUGAGACUGCGACACUGGUGGGUCAUCGCGAUCACCACCCUCGUGACCAGCUCCUUCCUCGUCGCCAAGGUCAUCUUGUCCGGUCCCCUGUUCAAGAAUGCCUUUGGGUAUGUGCUGCCCAUCACCUCCUUCGUCGUGGCCUGGCUGGAGACGUGGUUCCUCGACUUCAAAGUGCUCACCCAGGAGGCAGAGGAGGAGAGGGCAUAUCUAGCAGUUGUGAAUGCAGCAUUGGAGAGGGGACCCCUGAUCUAUGCCCAAGCCUUCUCCGAUGGCCAGUUCUACUCCCCGCCUGAGUCUCUAGCAGGAUCUGAUGACGAGCAGGAGGAGGAGACCCAUGGGCGCAAAGCUGUGACUCCCCAGGAGAAGGAGUUUGUGCGGCAGGGCCGGGAGGCGAUGGCCAUCGUCGAUCAGAUCCUCGCGCAGGAGGAGAACUGGAAACGAGAAAAGAGCAACGAGCAUGGAGAUGCUGUUUACUCCCUGGAGAUCCCCUUCCAUGGGAAGACCUUCAUCCUCAAGGCCCUCAUGCAGUGCCCUGCGGAGCUGGUGUAUCAGGAGGUCAUUCUGCAGCCUGAGAAGAUGGUGCAGUGGAACAGAACUAUCUCUGCCUGCCAGAUCCUGCAGAGGGUGGACGACAACACGAUGGUGUCCUACGAUGUCUCGGCAGGAGCAGCAGGGGGUGUCGUCUCACCCAGGGACUUUGUGAAUGUUCGGAGGGUGGAGAGGAGGCGGGACCGCUACAUCUCUGCAGGAAAGGCAACCAAUCACGAGUCCAAGCCGCCCCACGUCCGCUACGUCAGGGGUGAGAAUGGUCCAGGAGGCUUUGUGGUCCUGAAGUCCAACACCAACCCAUCUCUCUGCACCUUCAUAUGGGUCCUCAACACAGACCUUAAGGGUCGGUUACCACGCUACCUCAUCCACCAGAGCCUGGCCGCCACCAUGUUUGAGUUUGUGUCACACCUCCGCCAGCGGAUUAGCGAGCUGCGUUCCACUCUGCGUUAGAGUGGUCCCACGCACGGUUCACCCUGCAGCACUGCCCCCUAGAGGCUCGGAGGUCAUACUGCCUUCAUCAGUGGCAAUCCUCCCGGUUCUGCACUCAGACAGCCCUACUGGAAGGCGCGUUGCAGGAGGCACCACCCAGACUGAUGCCUUUUUCCACAGGGGGGUGCUCAUUUGUUUCUACUCAGUUUUCUAAGCAAUGAAGGAAGAAACUGAAAAGCUCUCUGUACAACAAUGAAAUUUUGGAAGGAUCAUUGGACAAUGCAAAUGUGAAAAGGCAAACACGGGAGAUGAACUGGAAUCAUCUUACUUAUUCCUCUGUGUCCUCAAAUUGAUUGUAUGUGAUUGAAACCUGCUGCUGUUGUCUACCAGGGGGUAUAAUGUAGACUGGUGUGGAUGUCCGAGCAGCACAGAAGAAGGACCACAGAGUGAGCUUUGCUGAGUCCAUCUUGAUGUUGGCUGUGGGGUCUUCCGUCCAGACUUUGGGUUCUGGUGAAGUGGGUUUCAGGUGGUCAACACCUAAUUAUCUGGUCCAAUUUGCAUUGCUUCUCGAAUUCCUCUGCCCGGUUAAAGAUACUGGUUCUAGUACGACUCGGUUCCAGAAGUUGUCUCAUCUUUCCCCGUGGUCUUCAUAUUCACUUUUAUGCCAGGCGUACCACAGACCCACCCAGCCAGACAUAGGCAGACCUGAAAGGCAUACACAUGGGGGGCCGUGCAUAAAAAAAUAAAGAAAUAAAAGGGCAUGCAUGCAUAGCCCUGUUCUGUGAAAAUGGGCAGCUUUUCCCUGAGAGUUUGCCUGCAGCACCAAGCAAAGAGCUCUGCCAGCUCAGCCUGGUGCUCAGGCAGGGCCCGAGCAGGUGUUGAGGACCCAUUUUCAUGUGGCACUCGCACAGCCGCGAUCACGCUAAGCAAGACUGCAUACAGCUACGUGCUGGGGCUGAUGCUUAUGGACCAAACCCAGGCUCCCAUCCCCCUAUCCCAGAGGCUCCGUGCAUGUGCGAUCACAGGACUCUUUUUGUUUUUUUCUGGUUUCCCUAGGAGUACAGGUGAUGCCCUUUUGCACCCUCCCUUGGGUUUUAGAGGAGACUGAUUCUGUAUUGAUCCCCCUCAGAGAUGUGCUAGGCAGGCGGAGUGGGGUGCUGUCGAUUGUACUUCCUGGCCUGCAGGUGUCCUGGAAGGAGCAGUUUCUACAUGCACACCAUGCAGUUCAAACUGGGUUGAACAAAUUAUGUCUGACUGGUUAUUUUUUAUAUGUGUACAUAUCAAAUUGAAUUCUAGUUCUGCUUUGUUGUGCCAGUGUUGGAUCACCAGUUCUAUUCAUGCUUUCUUACUGUUAACUCUGGGGGGAGGGGGUGUUUUCAUAUUGCAAAAAAACACUGAUCGAUGGUGGAAGACAAAAUGAGAUGGUGUGUGCACACACUCCUCUUCCCCAUGGCCUUGUUCUAGCCUUUUGUGCAGUGUAAAAAGUCUGGCUGAAUCACGUUAGUGCUGAACCAUGGGGCCAGAGCAACCACUACAGAGGAGAAUAAUGCUGCUUACAUCAUGUGGAGGAAUUUUGCCUUGCCUGACAAAAGAACUCGUGCCUUUUUGAAAAAAUCAGGAAAAGAGGGGUUCACUUUGCAUGCAUUGUUUUUUUUCUUUUCUGUGCCAAACUGGAAUUGCAGCCUUGUUCCACACGUUGGCCCAAGGUGCUUAGGGCUUUGUCGUGCACUGUGGGUGGAGGAGAUUCUCGCUUGACAUGUUAAUGUUGCAUCAUCAUACUGUAUCGGAAAUGGAGCAGAGCAGGGGUCUGAGUCAUGGGCUGUCUUUGAGGUACCAGCAACUGUAACUUGAGCAUGGAUUUGACAUUGUGCUGUGGGAAUUGUUAAGGCGAUAUGAAUUUUCAGAGGCAAACCUUCCUGGAAUUGCAGUUCUACAAGAACAACUGUCUACUCUGUCCCUUUGUUGUUUUAUUAAUGGGUUUCUGGGUUUACAGUAGUACUGCCCUGACUCGAGUCAGUGUCUGACCACCUCCUCCAGAAUCUGCAGUGCCUGGCCCUGACUAUAUUGCUUUUCCAUUACAGGCAGCUUUUUUCCCCACAUUUUCCAAAAGGGUUCUUCUUUGUAAGAGAAGGUGCUUGAUCUUUCCUGCUUUCUACCUAAUGUCAAGUAAAGUUGUGUAGACCGAUGGGCUCAGUUAAAUUAAUUUGAAAAGUAAUGUACAAAUACAGAUUUUUAUAUUUCAAUUUCUGCUUCAUCAGUAUAUAAUUGCACAAGGGCCUGUAGCUUACAUAUCCUGAAGAGGAAUUCUUUUUCCUUGUUUAUAACCCUGUCGCAUCUUCAGCUGGGUGCGGCCUAUCUCCCUGCUCUAGGAGAGCUUCCCGAAACGAAAUCCCGCACGGCACAGGGUGUCCUGGAGCUGGUCUGGCACCCUGGAGCAGCUGGAGUACAGCAGGCUCUUGUGAUCGCUGCCCCCCAACAGAUUGGCUCAGAACAAUCGCGUCCUCACAGACCAGCCUCUCAAAGCUGCGAUUGUUGCCGGUGCUGCUGCUGCUGCUGCCAGCGUUUGUGCUCCCUCACUCGCGUCCCUCAUGGUAGACCGCACGGUGACUCGGGAGUCACAGGCCCCAGCCGAAGCAGUAGCAGAGAGAACACAUCCGUGUUGCAGUGCUAAGAAGAGAUGCAUACACUGGGACCAGAUCUCUCUGCUGGACUUGAUCUCUGGGUCUCUGAGUGGGACAGACCCACGUAUCUCAGGUCUGACUGCUCCGUAAAGCUGAGCUGGGUGAGGCGUUAUUGGGGUAUGCUGCUCUAUCGACAUUCCUGAUGUGUAAUUGACAGUAGCCAUCUGAUUAUUCACCCAGGCAGCAGUGAGCACAGCCUUCAGAUAAUAGAAAUUGCAACAGUGGUACCCUUGCUGAAUUUCUGAUUGCAUGUGAGUGUCCUAUGUUCUCACAUAGACAUUACUGUAUUUAUUAAGGCCAGGUUUAAUAAAAUGUCCUCUAAGGGCAAAUUACGUUUUAUAAA